CCACAAAACAAGAGGAAGGUACUUGCCCAAAAAAAAACAAGAGGAAGGUAACAAGGACAGAGGAGAGGAGAAGAGGUGGUUGCUCUCGUUAAUCAUCAUCGUCAUCGUCAUCUCAUUGGCUUGGAAACCAUGAGUGGGUUUACCUUACCAUCUUCUCCCUCUAUUUCUGUAAUCUUCUUCCCUUUCUCAUCUUCCUCUUCCUCAUCUUCCUCUUCCUCUUCCUCUUCAAUCUCCUCGGUGUCAUCUUCUUUUUCUUAUUCUAAUCGUUGGAAUUGCCCUUCUCUAUCACCAUCUUCUUCUUCUUCUUCUUCUUCUUCUUCCCAUCACUGCACUCGUAUGGUUUGUAGCUCACUUUUCGGCCCACCCAAUGGACUCAAUUUCCUCUUGCACCAUGCCCUCGAUGCUUCUGGAAUCGAUACCACCCAUGCCAGAGCUGCAAGGGAGGGUUUCUGCUCGCAGAUUAAAAAACUAUCGAAUAUUGAGAGGGAAACAAGCAUUACCAUAAAUAGAGGGGUUGAUUUGGGGAAAACAGCACUCCACAUAGCAGCAGAGGAUGACUCCCUCAUUUCGCACUCUUCUGUUCCUCUCCCGGUGGAUGCAUUUAUGGAGAGGUUGGAUGAUCAUUCUAUGCACUUCUGCUCUCACUAUAGCUCUUCAUUCAGAUCCUCACCCGAAAAAAUUCUUGAGUGUUUGGAGAAAUACUUGUAUGUUGACAGGGGUUUCAGGAGAACCAAUGCAAGGAAUCAAUCAGAGCAACGAGCUCUUUAUCUCCCUUCAGUGUUGACACAUCGCUUAGGCUCUGCUACUAUGCUUUCCCUUAUAUAUUCAGAAAUCUUGAAAAUGCUUCGUUUAUGGGGUCUCUUGAAUUUUGACGUUGAGAUUUUUUUUCCUCGUGAUCCUCAUAGUUUACCUAGAGGUUAUCAUAAACAGAAAAGCAAGGAGUCUGACCACCAACAUAUCAUGACAUCACAAUCUCUAUUGGUUGAGACCUUGAGAGAUUUGAAGAAAGCUUUCUGGCCAUUUCAAAUUGAUAAUACCGGAAGCUUGUUCUUAAGGGCUGCUCAUGCUGCCAACUGCUCUUCUGGAUCAGAUAAUGUUGAAGAAAGUGCUUUUAAUCUGGCAUCUGCCAAGGCUGCUCAGCAUAGGUUAGAACGUGGUGUUUGGACCAACGUACGCUUUGGGGAUAUGAGGCGUGCGCUAUCUGCAUGUGAACGCCUUAUCCUCCUGGAAACAGAUCCAAAGGAAUUAAGAGAUUAUAGUGUUCUCCUUUAUCACUGUGGAUUUUAUGAGGAGUCGCUGCAAUUCUUCAGAUAUUAUCAGGAUGCAAAGAAGCAAUCAUCUGAUUCGAUUAGUGACCUGGAGGAAGAUGCCGUUGAGAAAUUGAUGAUCCGCCUCAAUCUUAUUUUGAUGGAGGAAGGUUGGAGUAGGCCUUCAUAUGAGCUGAGAAUCCCGUCCCCAUCCACGGCAGCCAUUAAUUUAAGAGAAUAGCAGCAUGCAAGCGGCUGUUGUAACCUAUACGCUGCAACAACAAAGUUACCUGGUGGUUCCGCACCGGAGAUUAGUUCAUCAGUCAGAUGGAAAUACAUCAAACAUGGAUGAAGGGAGAGUAUCAAUCGCAUGAUUACAGAGUCAAAGACUACUUGUAUUAUUAACUGUUCGGCUUUCAAGUUUUGAUUGCAUGACUAGUGGCAUGAACUGUCAUAGCCACACUUGUAAGUCAAUAUAUGUAUGUUGUAUAUGCAGUGUGACAACCUUUGUCUAAUGAAAUAUGCAGGAUCGAAAAACUUUGUGCAGUAACAAAGUGUGGAUGAAAUUUUACAAUGCUGUAUGGGGUUAAUUUGGUUCUUUUUUAAGUUGAUGAAUUGUAUCGUUGGAUGUCUAUUUUCUUCUCA